CCCGUCAUACUACCAAAAACCCACGAAAUCAGGUCGACGACAUUCAACCUGUGUUACUCUGAAUGCGCUCUCAUUUUCAACAGACUGGCAAAUAUUCUCUGCCGGUAUCAUGACUGAUACUGGUGUUCGGGACAUGUUCAUCUCAUCGGUGACAAAGUUUGCCUCAAGUGGGAUGAGUUCACAGCCGCUCACGGAUUGGUACGACGCCGCUUCUGGUAUGUCCGAAACAUUUCGCGCCAGACCUGUUGUCGGGGGACACCUUGCUCUGGUACGUUUCCUUCCUCCUAUGUUCACGGGCGCUAAUUUCUUUCUGUGUCUGUCCCUGGUCUGUCCUAUGUUCCACCUAGUUGGCUCUCAACAGUUCGUCAAUCGCCGAUACUGGUUCAACCAACUCUUCGCCGUCUUCAUCCAACUCGAAUACGGGUUAUGCUACCACAAACAUCAGUGUAGUAUAUCCUCUAAUGGUGGUGCUAGUAUUGGCGUCUCUUUGGUUUGGAUCGUAUGCUUGGUAUAUGUUUAUAUUGUAAUCCAAUAUCAUUUAUUCAAUGUGAAAGUCAAUGUACAUAACUGAUCCCUCGAGGCUCUUAAAGGUUCUUUUUCAAUGCUUCGUGUAAG